AUGGCUCGUGAAAUUAAAGACAUCAAGGAAUUCGUUGAAUUAGCUAGAAGAUCAGACAUCAAGUCCGCUGUUGUCAAGGUCAACAAGAAGAUCAACGCUAACGGUAAGAAGUUCAAGCAAACCAAGUUCAAGGUUAGAGGAUCUAGAUACCAAUACACCUUAGUUGUCAACGACGCUGCUAAGGCCAAGAAGUUACAACAAUCUUUACCACCAACCUUAGAAAUCAAGAACUUGUAA